CGACACAUUUAUAUAUGUGUGCUGCAAACGUGAUGUUCAAUCAGUUGAAAGCAAAACUGCAAUAGUAAAGAACGUGUAAUCAAGGUUUUUAACAGCUAUAAAAUAUAAAACUUAUUGAAAAGCCGCAUAAAAUUCAAAACUGUGCUCUUUUAAACAUGAAAAAGUUAUUUGAAAGCAACAACCGAUUGAGUUAUCUCGUACCGCAGGUACGACGUUCAGUACAGGAGCUUUGACGAAUUAAUAUCACGUUGAUUAACUCAUAAAGCAAAGAAGCAAAAAAAAAAGAAAUUGUUAAGAAAAAUCUUUUCAAAUAUAAUUCACUCAUAUACACAAACACACUUAUACACACAACAAACACACAUUAAUCAAAAAGCAACUUAAAGAAGAAAAAAAAAAUUACCACCGUAAAACAAAAAGAAGUUUUUGAAGAAAGUUAAUUUAUCAAAUAGAAUUGAUCAACAAAUCUGUUCUUUUAUUUUCUAAAAUCAAAACUUAUUUAAUUUUUUUGGAAGAAUCGUCAUUAAAAUAGAAAGCAGUAGGAAAUUUCCUUGAACAACUGCAACUCGUGUCGCUCCCACAUCGCUCGCUUUCCUACCUCAUUAAAACAAAUUGAAAUUAAAUUUUCUUCUCAUUUCACUUAAUUUUCUUUUUUUUAUAAUUUUUUUCGGUUUUGUUUCUCUCACGAUAAGCAAACGAGAACUGAUUAGAAUCAGUUUAUCGUUGUGAUUUUAAAUAAAAAGAAGAAAAAACAAAAAGAUAAGCGCUUCAAAUCUUUCCUUUCAUUGGGAAGAGGAAUUUAAGAAUUUAAUCAGCUUAUAAAAAAAGCUUCAAUUAAUUUCCAAUAAGCUCAUUAAUCUCAUUUUUUGAUUGCAUACAUUUAAAAACAUUUCCUAACAAUGUCUGCAUAUCGACGAAGAGUUUGUGUUCCCGAUAUUGUCAAAUUAAAACGUUGAUAGUCGCCAUCGACUUGAUCUAUUAUUUAAGUUUUUUUUUAUAAUUGUAUUCAUUUUUGAUACAUUGUAAGUUUUUUUUUUAUCUAAGUUACUUAACGUUAAUUAAAGUUUUUCUUUUUUAUUUAAAAACAUUAUUCGAUUAAGAGUUUUUGCAAAAACAUAUUUUACAUUUACUUCUUUUACAUCCUACAAAAAAUAAUUGAGGGAUUAAGAAGAUAUCUCAAUUUCUGCUUCAAUCAAUUAAAAAAAAGAAAAAAACAUAAUCAAAUAAAUAUCCUAUCAAAGCGCUUUUUGAAGAGAAGAAAAUUUUACAACGAGGAGCAAAUUGAACAUACAAAAAGAAAACAUUUGAACGAAAAGCUUUCUUGUGAAGAGAGCAAUAAGAAAGAAACCGAAAGUUUUAAUAUCAGUUUAUCGUUGUUAUCGCAUCUAAAUAUAAUAAGAAACCCAAAAGAAAACUCCUUUGAAAGAAAGCACACACUAAAACACAAGAAAAUCCUAAAAUAAUAUCAACGAAAGUAAUCAAGAAGAAAUCAUGGAGCCUUUAACACUCGCAUUUUGGCUUGUGGUAAUUGGUUUUAUCAUUGCAUUCAUCCUUGCCUUUGGCAUUGGAGCAAACGAUGUCGCCAAUUCUUUUGGAACCAGCGUUGGAUCUGGCGUGUUGACAAUUCGACAAGCUUGUUGGUUGGCAACAUUUUGUGAAGUUGCCGGUGCUGUUCUGAUUGGCUAUAAAGUGUCAGAUACGAUGAGAAAAGGAAUUUUGGAUGUAACUGUAUAUGAAGGUCAUGAACAAGAACUCAUGAUUGGAUUAUUAUCAGCACUUGCAAGUAGUGCACUUUGGCUUUUGGUCGCCACAUUCCUUAAGCUUCCUAUCUCUGGCACUCACAGCAUUGUCGGGUCAACAAUUGGCUUUAGUUUAGUUGCACGUGGAACUGAAGGAUUAAAUUGGAAUAAAUUGGGAACAAUUGUUGGAUCAUGGUUCGUCUCGCCAGUUCUUAGUGGAGGAAUGAGCGUUGGUCUCUUUAUGCUCAUCAAUCGCUUUAUUUUAAAAACGAAAAAUCCACUAAAAUCUGGUUUAUGGUCGUUGCCAAUAUUUUAUGGCGUCACUUUAUUCGUCAAUCUCUUUAGUAUUAUUCACGAUGGACCGAAAUUGCUUUACAUGGAUAAUAUUCCGACAUGGGUUGCAAUCUUAAUCAGCACGGUGGUAUCAGUUGUCGUCGCAAUUUUGGUUCAAGUGAUUGUCGUUCCUUGGCAACGAAAGAAAAUUCUUGGCGAAUCUAUUGGACAAGGACAAAGAGCAAAUUUCACUUUUGGUGACUCAGAUGAUUCGUCAGCAAGCAGCAGUCCGAAAAGAAACAGACGACAGAUUUCCCACGUUUAUGACGCAAAUGUUUUACCAGCGAUUAACGAGUCGACAGAACUUCAGUCUCUCAACAAUCACCAAUCAAUUUUAACGACACCCAACCAACAACGUCCUUCAAAUGGUGGUGUAACACCUUUCGAUUAUUAUCGUGUCGCACAAUGGAAUGGUUCCGUCCCAAAAUCAGCAAUGGAAGGGAAUCCUUACAAGUUUGAUCCGAAGAUGUUGAAGAAAGCAGAAAAUUUAAUAAACGUAACACAUCCCAAUAACAACACGAUGCUCACAACAAGUCUUGAUAACACCGACUUAACUAUCACAAGUCUUAAUUACAUUGACGAGUAUCAAAACACAAUCAACGGCAGAAAUCUUCAAAAUCUCUAUGUUAGAUCUGAUUCGGAUAAGAAAAUAAUCACGCCACCGCCACAACCACCACCAAUACUUGUCUCGUGCACACCCUCACCACCCGAUUCGGAGCACAAUGAAAGUGGCCUUGGACAUGAUGCCAAAAAUGAUUCAGUUAGUGACUUGACAUUACCACCCAACAUCAUUUUAAACGCUGGAACUAAUGAUUUAAUCACUUCAACAAUGAAUAAUAAAAUCACGACAACAACAGCAGCAAAGCAUUGUCUUGAAAAUGUCGAAAGUGGAAUAAGUCUUGAUGGAAUGAAUCAUGGAAAUGGUAGCGCGAAUAUCUCAGCAAAUUCUAGUAAAGUUCCAUUGAUUAGUCAUUCAGGCGGUGGAGCGAGUAAUCAAAUUGUGGAAGAUGAGAAUGUUAGCAAAUUGUUUUCAUUCUUACAAAUUCUAACAGCAACAUUUGGAUCAUUUGCUCAUGGUGGUAAUGAUGUUAGUAAUGCAAUUGGACCUCUCAUCGCUUUAUGGAUGAUUUAUGCCGAUGGUUCGGUACUUCAAAAGUCUGAAACGCCUUUAUCAAUUCUUUUGUUUGGCGGAGUUGGAAUUUCUGCUGGUUUAUGGCUUUGGGGACGUCGUGUUAUUGAAACUGUUGGAACGGAUCUGACAAAAAUAACUCCAUCAACUGGUUUCACAAUAGAAAUCGGUGCAGCGAUGACAGUUUUGUUAGCAAGCAAAAUUGGAUUGCCGAUCUCAACAACACAUUGCAAGGUCGGUUCAGUGGUAUUUGUUGGAUAUUCAAACGCAAAACAAGAUCCAAUUACGGGCGUUAAAGAAAAAGCAGUCGAUUGGAAACUGUUUCGAUCGAUUGUUUACGCAUGGCUUGUGACAGUUCCAGUUGCGGCAUUCUUAUCAGCUGCUUUCAUGUUCAUUCUGUCACAUCUGAUACUUUAAUCCUUCUAAUUGAAGUUGAUUGAAAAUCAUCCAAUAAAGGAUUUAGAUGAUGAUCCAACUUGAAUAUAUCAUGGACUAGAAAGAAAAAAAAUAUUAAAUUAAAUGUGAUGAUCAAUUAACAAGCCAAGCGGAUACAACAGAAUGUACUUCUUUCCUAGAUUUACUUAACAUUUAAGGCUUUAAAAAUCUGUAAUUGCUAAGGCAAUAUUAAAAAAGAAUCAUGACUGACAUAUUAUUGUCAGUCAAAGCCAAAAUCGCAAAAGUAGAAUCACUGUUUAUGUCUAAAGUUUAACUCCUCUGUUUAAUAUUUAAUUAAAAAUGUCGAAUAUUAAAUUUUCGCCAGUCUCUUCAAUUCUUCCUUUUUUUUAUUAAAAUAAACCUAAAAAAUUUCAAAACUUUUUUUCCCUAUCAUUUCCAUUAUUUCUUUGGUUAAAAUUGAAUCUUAGUAUAAGAUAAAAAAUAUGCUGAAGAAAUACCUGAUAAUGAUGAUGAUAAAUAACUUAAAUUUAAAUCUAAGAUUUUAGCAUCAAGUUGAUGCAAACUUUUCGUAUUUUUUUAUUUUUCUUCUCUUUUUUGAUGGUACGUUUUUUGGAAUUGUAUUUUCUGUAAGACAAAUGUUCUUAAGAGACUUUAAAAAGUCUUCUUUUUUGAUCAUGAAAACAAACUUAAAUGCAGUGAUCUCUUGAUAUAACAAACUAUCAAUACAACAAUUCACUCGACAGUAAGUUGCUUUCUUGCACAACUUGAAAAUCUUAAACAAAAUUCACUCAAUACAAAAUUUCAUUCGAUAAAACAGUUUUUUCCUGUCUCUUCAACUUUUCUCAUAUCAAGGGUUCACUGUAGUUAGAAAUUAACAACAUUGCAUAAUGAAACUAACUUUACUUUUAUGGUGAUAAGAAAAUAAAAGAUGAGAGAAGAAAGUUAAAUAGAAUUGUUAAGAUCAGUUAAGACGGACACUUUGAUGAUUGUGUCACUAUUUUGCACGAAUUUCAAAACUAAUUAAGUUUCUAUUUGGAAUGUUUACAAAAAUUUGAUGGGAAAAUAAUUGAGAAAAUAAAUUUGUUGUCUCAUAAACUGGAAAAUAUUUAGUAAAAAAAAACUUAAAAAAGGAGAUAAAAAAAUGUUUUGCAAGACUGUAAUUGAACGAUGAAAAAUAAAAAAAGAAAACCUUCUUUAAGGUUAAGUAAGGAAA